GUGGAUCCAUCGGGUCAGCCAAGGCGGGAAGAGCCCUGCAGGGGCGAUAUCGUGAAAACUCGGUCGAGGACAACACCCAAUGGACCACCUGUUGGUUACAUUGUCGUGAGUCAAACAGAGUUUGUCACUAUAUCUUCUCCGCGUUGCCGUCUCUUGUCGUCCCACAGGCCAGGUUCCGCCCCUUUUGUAUCACAUCCAUGAGUACAUAUACAAUUGUUUAAGCUCUCGUUCUGGACACAUCAAGAUUGGUUCCUGACAGUAUUGAUACAAAUCCAAUGUUGAAUCCCCCAUCCCUGGGAUUACCUUGAACAUCGACGAACACAACAUCUUGUAUCAAGGCACUCUCUGUGAUGAUGCCCCAAGAAAAGGAGUCAGUCCCUAGCUCCCCCUCCACCGGGGGAGUGCUCGAGUCCCAGGACCACAAGUUGCCAAACACACAACCAUCGACACGCUCAAGGGCUUGGAGGCACCUCAACGAAAACGUCUGCGCCUCCACCCUCGCCGAGAUCGAGCUCCUCAUCCUCACCUUCUGCAUCGGUCUCCAAGACGCCGUCUCCUUCCCCGACUUCCACUGCUUCGCCUCCAACCAGACCGGCAACACCGUCUUCCUCGUCCUCGCCAUCGUGCUGCCCGAAGCGGACGGCGACAUGUUCUACACGGCCAACAUCGGCAUCGCGCUGGGCUUCUUCCUCGCGGCCGCCUGGCUGACGGGCCAGCUGGGCCACAUCGUGGGCGCGCGGCGCCGCUGCUGGCUCGUGCUGUGCAACCUGCUGCAGACGGCGCUCGUCUUCGCCGCGGCCGCGCUGCAGUACGUCAACCGCUCCCCGACCACCGGCCGCCUCGACCUCGACGGCGCCCGCGCCCCGUCCACGCUGUGGGCGAUCGGCCUGCUGGCUACGGCUGCGGGAAGCCAGGUGGUUCAGGCCCGCUCCCUGCGCAUGACCGAGAUUACCACGGCGAUGGCGACCGCGGCGUGGGUCGAUCUCAUGAUUGAUCCGGCGCUGUACGCCCGGAGUAACAGGGGCCGGAAUAGGCGGAUUGGGUUCUUGGCUGCGCUCGUGCUGGGUACAUUGGCUGGUGCUUUCAUCUUUAGGAAGGUCGGGUCGCCGGCUGCCUUGGUCGUCUCUGGGGCUGGGAAGUUGCUGGUGACGGUUAUGUAUUUGUUUAAUCCGGCGGAUAAACCCAAGGUGGAGAACCCUGAGGAUUCGGCGUGAUGGGGGAGGGUGUUUCGUUGUAGUGUCUUUGUUCUUGCGUUGUUUGGCUUUUUGCUGGGUGACAGCGUGGCGUUUGGGCAAAACAUCGAUACCAGGUAGAAUGGGGGUGGGUGGGAAAAAGGCUGCAGCACAGGGGAGGUAAAAGCAGGAGGUCUCGAGACCGUAAACGGUUAGGGAACGGGCUUUGCUGGGCAGCCCUUGCUGAUAUUAGAAAGAGUUCUCGAGUGUCAAGUAAUUAAUAUAGAGUCAAUGAUAAUACUUACCUA